AUCUCAUCACACGUUUUCCAGAGACUGUCGUACAGAUCUACAAUCAGCCAGUGAGUAACUUUCUAUUCAUGUAUCUCUCUGUUGAAGGACAUCUACAUGAUACAGGAAUAUUAUGGCGAGAUUGUUCUUCAUAUUGCUAUUAUCAGUCGUAAUGCAACCAUGGUCGAAUGGCUGCUUAGUGAUGAACAUAUUCGACCCUAUCGAAAACAACAAUUGACAGCUGCCGCCAAUGGCCACUUUUUCCAAUUGUACAUCUCUCUCUUGUCUUUAGGAUGACAUCAAUAUGUUCCAUUUCUUUUCAGUGGCCGUCCGUGUUACUAUGGUGAAACUCCUCUUGCAUUUGCAUGCUGUGCUAACCAAUGGAAUAUUGCCGAAAUCUUACUCAAGUACGGUGCCUCUAUGGAUAUGGUCAGUAGACAACGCUGCUUUUCAGAAGGAAAAAAACAAGCAGAAGAUUUUGUUUGACUCUCUAUUUUAGGUUGAUAGCAAUGGGAAUACAAUAUUGCAUUUACUUGUCAUUCAUAAUCUACCGAAAAUGUAUACUAAAUUCAAGAAACGUUGGUUGGAAGUACAGGCAACGGUGAUUAGCGAGUCUAGCAAUGUAGAUGACGAUAAAGUCGCAUCCACAAAGAAAAAAGAGGUUCCAUUAUGGAAACGUCUCAAUAAAGAUGGUUUCACUCCCUUUACAUUAGCAGCUAAAUUAGGUGUAACUGAUAUGUUCUCUUUUUUACUUGACGAACGUAAAAUUGUUCAAUGGCGUUAUGGGCCUAUCUCGUGUGUACUCUAUCCACUUGAUGAACUCGAACUUGAAUUUCAACAAGAAGGCGGGGAUACACCACCUGGAGCUCUUGAAUUGAUUGUACAAAAUGCUCAAGCUGAACUUAUUAUGCAUCCACGUAUUAUUGAUUUAGUCGAUAAAAAAUGGGAACGUUUUGCUGGCCGUAUUUUUUUUCGACGUUUUUUUGCCACUCUUGUCUAUCUAUUCAUUUUUCUUAUUACUACAAUUCUCGAUCAGACACGCAUAGAAACGACAACAGGUAAAGAUAGAAAAAUGGUGGUAACUAGUGUUGAACAUCCAGGCGGCAUUCAUCAAAUAGUACGCACCAUAGGUCAUCUCAUUGUAUUAGCUGGAGCUGUAUCAAAGGGGAAAUCUGAAAUAAGAGAAAUGAUCAAUGUGGGUGUACGAAAAUAUUUUCAAGUUACGGGUUCUGCUCUUCUUGAAAAUUAUCUAUCAUCUUUAUUUUGUUGUGGUAUCAUUAUAGUUAACAUUCUUCAUCUACUCGAUAUGCAAGCAUACACGAUCGUACUUGCAUUUGUCUCUAUUAUAGGCUGGGGUUAUAUGCUAUUUUUUGUUAUGGCUUUUCAACUUACUGGACCAUUUGUGCUUAUGAUCUAUGAAAUGCUUUUUCAUGAUGUUCUCUGUUUUUGUAUUAUUUAUAUGGUAUUUCUUGCUGGUUUUUCACAAGCAUUCUUUGUUCUAUUCAAUAAUAACGGUUUUGGUGGCUUUCUUGUGAGUAUCAAACAAUGUUUUUUUGGCAUGUUGGGUGAUUUUGAACUUGAUCAUUAUCCGGGAACAACAUUUCAAUAUAUCAGUGUUUCUUUACUUGUCAUUUAUAUUAUUGUUGUUUCUAUUCUUCUACUCAAUUUACUCAUUGCUAUGAUGGGUGAUACAUAUGGAAAUGUAAUCGAAGGUGCUACACAAAUAUGGCAUUUAGAACGGGCACGUAUUGUAUUUGCAAUUGAAAAUGAAAUGUCGAUAGACGAACGGAAGUUAGAUAAGAAUAAAUAUUGGACAAAUGUCGAUGGUCAACGAUAUUUACAAGUAGAAGAAGUUGACAAAAAUUGUUUUCGUGAUAUUAAUAAUGAUGAUUGUUAA